CCUCCUCCUCCUGCUUCCUCUUAUUCUGCCUUCUUGUCAGAGGGAAGACACGAGUCCUCUUCAUUUCCAUGUGCUUCUAUGCAAGCACACAGCCUGGAGGCACUAUAGCUGCUGCUAUAUAAAAAGGCUGCUUGCGCAUCAAUCAACACACAACCGGGUGUGUGAAUCCGUGAGCAUCCGCUGUGUUUCUUCUGCGUCUCCAAGUUUCUGCCUUGUGCUGGUGUUACUCCCUACGCUUCCUACUCAUCUUUUUCCUCUCUUUUUUUAUCCCCUUCACUGGAGAGAGGCCCCCCACCCAGCAGGCACCAUUUCUUCACCGGGGAGACCAGCGUUGGCAGUGCAGCCUCUUCCAAGGCUCAGCAUUGGGAGGAAGACCCUGGUGGCGGCAGCCGUGGGUGUCAUGCUGGUCCUGGUGCUUGUCAUCCUGAUCCCGGUGUUGGUGAGCUCUGUGGGCACAGACGGGAGCCACUAUGAGAUGUUGGGCACCUGCCGCAUGGUCUGUGACCCUUACCUGGGGAAAGGCACCACGACUAGUGCCAGCAUCCGGGCAGAAGCUGAGGUUCUGAGUGACAGUAUAGUGCCACCGCUCUCCACCCUCGUUCAGGGGCCCCAGGGCAAGCCUGGACGACCUGGCAAGCCUGGCUCCCCAGGGCCUCCAGGAGAGCCAGGGCCCCCAGGUCCAAUUGGCCCCCCUGGAGAAAGGGGGGAUUCAGGGAAAACUGGCAUCCUGGGUUUGGGGGGCAAUGGUGCAAUCAGCACAGCCACCUACAGCACUAUUCCGAGGGUCGCUUUCUACGCUGGGCUCAAGAACCCCCACGAGGGGUACGAGAUCCUCAAAUACGACGACGUGGUCACCAAUCUGGGAAACAGCUACGACGGCACCUCCGGCAAGUUUAUCUGCAACAUCCCUGGCACUUACUUCUUCAUCUACCACGUCCUGAUGCGGGGUGGAGAUGGCACCAGCAUGUGGGCGGACCUUUGCAAGAAUGGCCAGGUCCGUGCCAGUGCCAUCGCCCAGGACGCGGAUCAGAAUUACGACUACGCCAGCAACAGUGUGAUCCUUCACCUGGAGGCGGGCGACGAGGUCUUCAUCAAGCUGGACGGAGGCAAGGCGCAUGGCGGGAACAACAACAAAUACAGCACGUUCUCGGGGUUCAUCAUCUACGCAGACUGAGGGGCACACGGGCUGCCCUUCCUCCCUCUAGCUCUCGUUCGUACGCUCGCUCACUCACUUGCUCGCUCGCUCACUCUUUCUCUUGUCGUGGGUUGCAGGGGGGGGGGGGGGGCUCAAACUGGCACGGACGCCAGCGACAGACUUUCACAGGGAACUAUUUCCAGGUGGCUGGCACGCAUAGGCCCGGACUUUCUCUCUCUAGGGCAAAAUCAGCAGGAGUAGAAGGCAGCCUCCUGGAAAGACAUGGCCUUUUUGACUCUGCAGUACCCCCACUCCCUUCCACCCAUCACAGGGCUGUGCAAUAUCAACAAACAGGACUGGAAUCAUGCUAUUGCUACUAAAUAAGCAUCAGCUAAAAGAUCUGGUUGAAAUCUUUCCCCCUUUCAUAUGUGAUGGUUCCUGAUGGGUUGCAACAUUUAAAAUUGAAACUGAAAAUGUGUUCAUGGCUGUUUCGUCAAUGCAAUGUAUGCAUAGCUCACAGUGUCCCCUGGUUAUUGAAUGUUGUAACUGCAGAUCUGAAAAGGGACCUGUCAAUCCCAAAUCAUCUGUACAUCUUUACUACUAAAAGAGAAAAGCUACUUGUUAGCAUCCCUGUCUGUCUGCUUUGUAUUGUGUCUUGAGUCUAAAUGGGUAUGUAGUGCAUCUGAGGGCAGGAACUGUGGUUUCAUUGGUGCACAGGAUUUUUGAAUAUGACAGAUACUGUUUUUGACAUAUAGUGGCAAUCAUUCUAUAUUAUAUAUAUUAUAAGAUUGUUUUUCAAUUUCCUUCCUUCAUUUUUUUUUUGGUUUGUUUGCUCUGAAACAACACUAUUUAAUAUGCUAAUGUAAGAAUAAAGUUUGUUUGAUU